GCAUAAAUAAAUUCCAUUGAAGAUCAACAAUAUUAUCAAAAUAAGAAAGUAAAAAAAGAACGAGUCAUUUUGGUGAAGUCUCCUUGUAACUUGGCUAAGUUUAUAACAAUUAAUUCACUAAAAACCACUACAAAACUUCCAUUGGUUAAAUUCAUAAAAAUUGAUUCGUUCGUUAAUAAAUAAAUUCCACAAAUUCACUAAUAAAAUCACUAAAACUUUCGCUUCUUCUAUUAACAUUCAUACCAAAAUUUUUCUAUUAAGAAAAAUAUGAAAUAAAUAUAAAUAAAUUUCAUCAAAUAAAAUCAAGAAACAAAAUACGAGAAGAAUAAAGCUUCUUGGCAAUCUAACCUAACCAAGAUAACCAAAUAAACAGAAUUCUAUAAUAAAUUUUCUCUAAUCUACGUAAAUUCGUCUAUUCCACGAUCUAUAAACUCCGUAAAAGGAAAUUCUCUUUUAAAUCUUAAGAUUGAACGAAACGAUGAAUCUCGAAGCGAGGAAAGAAUAUCACAUCACAAAUAUUUAACAAUUUCGAUACACCAUUACCAACACUAUUCUUUCAAACGCAACCGCAUAGAGGGAGACACUUAUCGAAAAUAGAGGAUCGAGGUUCGAGACAAGUGUAUCGAAAGAGCAAAUAAAGUAAAACAAUCGAUCGUGGAACGGAGAUCGAGAGAAGUAGCAAUCGAAGCAGCAAUCGAAGCAGGAAGUUCGUUGUUUCGUUCUCUUAGAAUUUUUCUACGAUUGAGUCGUUCCUUUUGUGAAGGAGGAUUAAAGGAACAAGGAUGCAAUCCAAGUGGAGAAUCGGAAGGAUCGUACCCUUUAACGGGAAGAAAUGAAGUUAUCAGUGUCGGCUUACAGAGCUCAGGCAAGUGCUCACAAGAAGAUCCUUUCCAACUAUCAGCAUCAGUUGAGUUACGGGGCCACCAAUCAGGCGUCCUCGGCCCGGACCCCCUCUGAUCCCGCGACGUUCCUUACUGGCUUCAAGGGACUAUCUGCGAAAUGCGGUUCUUCAGAUGUUUCGAUUCUGUGGAUCGUGCGGAGAACGAGGAGGGCCAGGGAGGGGGUGGUCUGUCGACGUCUUCGGCGGGCUGCAGCGGUGCUUCCGGAAAUUGGACAUAUUUUAUUAAUGGUUUGUCAAAAAUAUUGGAUGGAAAGAGUAAGAGAAUAUUGCUGUAAUAAUGAAGGAUGA